AUGGCGGCAGCAACAGGGAAAGGCUCCCCAAGGAUCUGGUGCACCCGUGUGAAACAACAGUGGAAGUUCAUUUGCACUUGCUUGCUGCUCUUGGUGGUGUCGGUGGCAUGUCAGGGCGACAAUGGAACUGCCAUAUCCAAUGCAAACUCUACUGAAGAGGAUGUUUUGCACUUUGUGAUUACCCCAACCGUUCUAAACAACACUGACGACCACGAAGAGAACAACACGGACACUCAUGCUUCGGAACAAGACAUCACUCUCACUGACACUGAUACUCACUCUACCACUGAUACCCAUUCUACCACUGAUACUAAUUCUACCACUGAUACCCAUUCUUCAACCUCUGAGGAAGGCCACUCUGAUAGUGAGCUGGCUUUUGAUGAAAUUGGCCACGAGGGUGAAUCCCAUUCAGAACAUGAAUCGGAGCCAGGCCAUGCUGUCCUGUUUCCAUCCUUUGCAUUGACGUUGGGAUUGGUCGUCUUUUAUAUGCUCACAAGAUACUACGCUGCAUUGCCUUACACAGCUCUCAUGUUCUUGAUUGGGACCUGUAUGGGCAUUGGUGUGGAGCUUAUGCCGAACAACGACGAUCAUGUCUCGAUCACUACAAGAAUGUGGGCCGAUAUUGAUAGUGAAGUUCUCCUGCUGGUAUUUCUACCGGGUCUGAUCUUCAAGGACGCCUAUGGCUUGAAUGUUCAUCUUUUCCGUGUGGGAGUCUCCCAAUGUCUCGUCUUCGCGUUUCCCAUGGUUUUGUUGGGCACAUUCCUGACAGCUUGUGUGGGCCGAUACAUCUUCCCGUAUGGCUGGUCUUGGAAUUUGGCUCUGACCGUUGGUAGCAUCUUGGCCGCCACCGAUCCUGUGGCCGUGGCGGCACUAUUGGAAGAGGUGGGAGCUCCACCACGUCUCAAGGUUCAUAUUGGAGGCGAAGCGCUGCUGAACGAUGGUGCGGCGAUUGUCUUCUUUACGAUUUUUGCGGAGCGCUAUUUUUAUGAAAUGCAGAAUGAGGGCUUUGGAGAGGAUGUUGGCUGGGCGCGUGGGUUCGCUUUGUUCUUUCGUAUGAGUCUUGGAGGAAUGGCAAUUGGAAUUGGCUUUGGCUGGGCAAUGCUUUUCAUGCUUUAUGGAUUGAACAGAAGAUUCAGUCAAGAAGAAAACAUUGUGGAGGUUACGGCAACGGCGGCAAUUGCCUACAUGGGGUACUACGUUGCUGAGAUUGUUUGUCACACAUCCGGUGUUAUCGCAACGGUUGCAAUGGGAGUCACUGUGAAAUCCUUCGGAAGGUCGAGUAUCAAUGACGCGAAGUUGCUUGAUGACUUUUGGGUUCUUCUUGAACACAUUUUGAACACAGUUCUGUUCACUCUCGGUGGAGUCGUUUGGGGUUCUGUGAUCGCGAAUGGAGAGAAGACGGGCACUUUUAAGGCAGAGGAUUGGGGCUAUCUUAUUGUCCUCUAUUUGCUGCUUUCGGUGAUUAGGUUUGUGUCGUUCUUCCUGGCAUACCCUCUUACUAGUCGAAUUGGGCUCAAGACGAACGUCAAAGAAACAAUCUUCCAGGUAUAUGGUGGCCUCCGUGGAGCUGUUGGUAUUGCUUUGGCUAUCGCACUUGAUUCUUCUGUGAGGAGAGAGGCAACCCCCGAGACUUCCCCGGAAGAUUUAGUUUUUGUGGAACAAACCAACAAAGCUUUUGGGCUGAUUGGCGGUGUUGCUUUUUGCACUCUCAUGAUCAACGGAACUACCGCUGGACCUUUCCUCGUGUGGAUGGGCUUGGCUGAUUCGACAGAAACAAGGAAAAAGAUUGUUCAUGCAUUUGAGGCUGGUUUCCAACAGCACUUGCUGCUUCGAUUCGUGCAGCUUUUGUCUGAGCAGCGCUUCCGGAACGUGAACUUUGGUUUGGUGAAGUCGCAUGUUCCCUAUUUGGACGGCAUAACCAAGAGCCAACUUUUGGAGUCGGUGGAGCGACACAAGGAUACCACUGCUUCGGAUGAGUACAUGCCACCAUACCUCCAAGGUGUUUUGCCAUACCUUCCCGAUGAGCCGGAAGAGAGUUUGCGUGUGAGCCCGGGCACGCCUGUAACGAAGAGCACCGAGGAGCUUCUCAAAGAAUUCGAAGCUGAUGCUCGAAAGGCAACACGCGUGAAGCGAGCUCAAAACAGACUUCAGAGGAGACGACGGAAAUCGAAUAUUCACCACUUGAUGUCAGGAGAACCUCUUUCGGCUCAGGAAAUGAGGGUCCUGUUUAUAUCCAUCCUGAAGGCCAAUUACGAGAAGCAGAUUGAUCACGGAGAACUCGCAGACAGGGAAUUCCUGGCCAUUGCACUCGAACAAAGUCUCGAGUUUGCUCUUGAUCAUGUGUCAAACGGCGGUAUUUUGCAAGACUGGGAGUUUGUGCAUGUCGUGGAUGGCCCAGCAUCAGGAAUUAUCAACCGCAUGAAGCGCCACCCUUUCGUGAUUUGGGCCCUUCAGACGUUCGUGGGUAAGGGCGCGAGAAAAGACGUGAAGUACACCAUCAAGAGGUUGAAAAUUGAGCGAUCGAUGUGCUUCAUGCAUGCGCACAAAGCAGCCCAGAGAUUUGUUCGGCGCGAAUUCGAGAACGCCGAUAGCGAACUGUCUGAAGCUGCGAGGGUAGUUAUUGAAGAAAGCGAAGAUCAGUGGAAGCUUGCUGAGGCGGUGUUGCAUCAGUACAAGAUGCAAGAUGUGAUGAGUGUGACAUCUCACAAGUUUUGUACGAUUCUGUUGAACUCUGGACAGCACUACGUUACAAAACUGGUCCAACACGGACUUUUGAAGGAUGAUGAAGCCGAACAUUGGGUCGAGAAUAUCGAACAUGAGCUGGAGCAUGUACUGGCCUGCUCAGUCGAUGAUCAUCCCGGUGAAAUCCAGAUUGAGCUUGUUGACGCCAAUUGUGAUGGUAGUAAUGACAUGCCCAAUAUCCCAGAAGAAUCUCGGAAAGAGGCUGAAAACGAUGAAGCCGAUGUUGACAGUGUCAAAAAAAUGCUCGAUGACAUUGAUGAUGUGAUUGCCGGGCCCUCUGUCGAGUUAGCAGAAAACACAGGAAGUGUUGAAUACCCAUACACCCCCAAGGAAGGUCGAGAGGGCAUGUGA